CUGCACGGUUAGCACAUGAUGGGCGCGACAGUCGACAGGCGAGAAAACGCCGCGACAUAGAGCUCUCUCGCGAAUCGGUAGCAUAAGAUCCGCGCGACAACCCGCUCUCCCGCGGACAUAUGUCAAAGCGACAAAAUUUUGUCGCUUGACAGUUCCACGCGGGAUACUCUCGAAACUCGUAGCACAAAUGCACUUUGGGCGACAAAAUAUCCCGCGUUUCAACGUCAAAAUGAGAGAAACUGUCUUCGAGACAUUAAGCUAGCGAGACGCUCUCGACUCAAACAAAAAGUAAGUUUUCCGUGUUUUCUUAUUAAUUACACACUAGGUAUUGCAUUUAAUAUUAUUAUGAAUCGUUAUAUUGUUCGUUAUAUUGUGAAUUCGUUACAUACCAUUGCGUUAUAAAUGUUAUGAAUUCAACAAAAUUGUAUUUCUUUGUAUUUUUCAGAAUGGCCUUUUUUCUUUUAAUCAAUGAAGAGAUCCGGCAAAGGAAACUUCAGCGGAGGAGGUUGCGGGACGCUAACAACCCCUUCGAGUUGCCGGAUCAGGAAUUUCAGCAUUUAUACAGAAUAAAUAAGGAUAUGGGCCUGUACCUGAUUCGGCAGCUCGAAGGGACAUUGGGAGAGACCGCCGCUCACAGCAUCCCCGUCCAUGUCCAGGUUUUAUCAUCUGUGAUGUUCAUGGCUGCCGGGAGCUACCAGAGGGGUGUGGGCCAAGACCACAACCUUUGCAUGGCUCAGACAACCAUGUCCAAAUAUCUGGGCAGGGUCGUGGAUGCGAUCAACCGACAAUUGAAAAAUCGGUGGAUUGUUUUCCCUGGCACCGAGGCUGGAAGGCAAAAUGUGUCCGCCGGAUUCCGGGAAAAAUUCGGAGUCCCGGAUGUACUGGGGGCAGUGGAUUGCACGCAUGUGGCCAUAUUUCCACCGCCGCGGCCACAUGGCGUGCAAUUCAUAAAUAGAAAAGGAAUUCACACCCUAAAUGUGCAGUUGGUAGCAGACGUGGAUUGCAAAAUAUUAAAUGUUAAUGCGCAAUUCCCCGGCCGAGUGCAUGACACAUAUAUAUACCGCCAAUCAGUUAUUAGAGACGAAAUGCGCCGCCUACACGAACAGCGCAUAGGGCGUUAUUUUCUUUUGGGAGAUUCCGGCUACCCAUUAGAGCCCUGGCUGAUGACGCCGGUGUUGCACGCCGACCCACACUCGCCACAGGACCGCUACACGCGCUGGCACUGCCAGGCCCGGAACGUAGUGGAGCGCACCAACGGCUACCUCAAGGGUUCUUUGAGAUGCUUGGGGUUGGACAGGCGCCUCCACUACACGCCAGAAAAAUCCUGCAGCCUGAUUUAUGCGUGCUGCACCGUGUAUAACAUCAUGAAGUACUUUGGGGUCGAGUUGAGGGAAGAGGUAGCAGAGCCAAUCGAAGACGAAGAUAACUACGGCCAAAAUUUUGAUGACGCUGCGGCGCUUAUGCGCGUAGCAAACGAACGCCGAGAGCGAUUAAUUAUACAGUAUUUUUCUUAAGGAAAACUUUCAUUUCAGCUACAUUAUCUAAAACCUUACAUCAAGGGUAUAUCUAUGCAAAGUAAAACUAUACUUAAAUUGUACGCGCCUCUAUAUUAUUCUGUUUUUAGUAUUUGUUGUUUAGCUAAGUUUUUAGUGCUUACUGAGUGGAGACCAUUUCAGCCUCAGAUCUUUAUCUUUGAUAUGUCUCUUUGUGUUUUGUAUACUUCUUGUUUCACAUUUUAUGUUAUUUUUUUGUUAUGCAUUUUUUAAUGGAAUGAUGUGUUGCCUGAAUAAAUAUUUUUCUAUUCUA